AUGGGAAACACAAAAUCUAAAAAGAUAAAGUAAUCUGCUGAUAAUUAAAGUGAGCCCUAUAAAACGUAAUUGAAAAAGAAAUGCAAUAAGCAACUUAAACUAAAAGUGAUGAGUUACAAUAGGAAACUUGAGAAAGACUAUGCUAAAAAUAUGGAUACAGUUGAGGUAAAGUUCUCUCAAGUAUAAAUUUUAUAGGAAUAUUCUCCGUUUAAGUAAUUACUAAUAUAUCUUGAGACCACAUUGGGAUAAUCUUAAAAAGAUUGGGCAAUACUGCUGUUUGAAGUAGUUCAUAAAGAUUUCUCAAAGAGAGACCCUCAAAAGGUGUUAAAUCAAGCAAAUUAAUUUGUAUUUGAGUUUCAAAGCUGCAAUACAAGAGUAUUCAACAAAAUGAUUAAGCGAGCUACAUCUUAAGAUAAGCAAUCAAAAACAAUCCUAAAUGUAAACUAGUAGAAGGGUUCUCUCUAAGAUAUUCCUUCAUUUCGAAAUCAAACUUCUGGCUAGCAAUUAUCAUCAGACGGUCUAGUAGAAAUUGAGUUCUGCGACAAUACCACUUAGAUUGAUCCAAUGAUCUAGCAAUCAAUAUUGACAACAAUUGAAAAUAUCAAGACCUAUAAAAAUUGCUAUGAAAAGCAAGAUACUCUAAAAUUGCAACUCAAGAUCAUAUAUAAGCAGAUGAAAACUUAAAACCAUCCCUUAAAUACAAUAAGGAGUCUCUUUACUACCAUUAUAAACGAAGAAUUAAAAUCCAAAUUUUAAUUGCUAGACAUGUAAAUGGAAGUAAAUAAUUAUGGCAACAAAGGAGAUUCAUUUUAGACUCAAAUUUUUAGGCAAAAUUCUAAAAUGCGAGUAUCAGAUCGCGAAGAGUUAGAUGUAAAUAUCAAGAAUUUCAAGAAAGAAAUGCUACAUCAACUUCAUUCUGUAAUCAAGGAAUUCAUAACAAUGUAUAAAUUUGCAAUGUGCAUCUAUUACAAGUUAGAUUACUAAAGCUAUAGACAAUCUCAGGCUCUUUUCAAACUUAGCAAUAUCAAUCUAUCUUUUUUCUCAGUGGAACACUAAUUUACACUAGGUGAAUAAUAUUAGCCAGAUGAGGAGCGUAAAGUUAACUUUAAAACUGGGAGAAGUGUAAGUCAAAAGAGAAGAAACAUUUAAAGGCCUCACUCUAAGAGUGAAAGAGCCAAGAAUUUUAGGGAUGAAGAAGAUAGAAAUCAACAGCAGAUUAAAUCAAAGAAAACUGAAUCUGAUAUAAACCCUCACGAAUCACAGAAAGUUACUACCCCCUAUGAAAAAACUAUAAAGCUUAUGAAUGAAUUUGAGAAAAUAAACUCUCUCAUCAAGAAAAAAAUGAUUCUCAAAUAUUCUUGGAAUAAACUUCAGAAAGAAGUCUUUGAAUAUUGGAAGGAAAGAAAUAAAAACAUUUCCAAAGAAAAGCUUUUGAUAAAUGAAGAUACAAGACUAUGCUUAGUUUCAUAUAUCAUAAUCCAGUCACAAUGUGCAGAGGUAUUCUUACUGGUAAAAGAACUUGAGCCCUUCAUAGAUUAGAAUAGGAUAGAAGAUGCUUUACCUCUAGCUACUUUCUAGAACGCGAUCUAGGUUAUUAUGAAAGAUUAUGAAUGCUUAUCAAAAAAUUCAGAAGAUUAGAACAAAAGACGCUUCUCAGCAAUGUCCAAAUCUUUAUCAUAGAAUAAACCUAAUGUCCUUUAAUCACACAUAAGUAAAACAAGUCAAGGACUCUAUUCUCAAAUUGAUGAAUACCUUAAAACAGUUUAAGAACUUAGAAGAAGAAAUGUAACAUAGGUCAUUCCCGAUCAGUAAAGUAUCGAUGAUGAGCACUUCUUUUUCUUCAAGUAUAAUUUAUCAAAGAAAUAAUCAACUUUUGCAUAAUCUGCCAAAGGAAAUAAUUUCUGUGGCUAUUUUUCUCCGGAUAAUCAAAGAAAAUUUAGUAUGAUAAAUUAAAAAAGGAAAGAUUCUAUUAAUCGAAGUCCUUUAGGAAAUAUUAGCACAUCAUUUGAUUGUCCGAAAAGGAAAUGCUCUUGA